AUGUCUUACGGAGGCGGUUACGGCUCUCGCGGCGGCGACUCCUACGGAGGUCACAGGAGCAACGGUCACCACGGUGGUGGUGGUUACUCAAACGGCGGCGGCUACCAAGGCGGUAGUGGCUACGGUGGUGGAUAUGGCGGUGGUUAUGGCGGAGGCCAUGGAGGCGACAGAAUGUCCAACCUUGGCUCUGGCCUGAAGGCGCAGGAUUGGGAUAUCGCCGCGCUUCCCAAGUUCGAGAAGUCUUUCUACAAGGAGCACCCCGACGUCACUGCUCGCUCGGAGCGUGAGAUUGAGCAGUUUCGCAAGGAGAAGGAAAUGACCGUCCAGGGAAAGAACGUUCCCCGUCCUGUCACCACCUUCGACGAGGCUGGUUUCCCGCAGUAUGUCCUGUCGGAAGUCAAGGCUCAGGGUUUCGACCGUCCCACCGCCAUUCAGUCUCAGGGUUGGCCUAUGGCUCUCUCUGGACGCGAUGUCGUUGGUAUUGCCGAAACUGGAUCCGGAAAGACCUUGACUUACUGUCUGCCUGCUAUCGUUCACAUCAACGCCCAGCCCCUGCUUGCUCCUGGCGAUGGUCCCAUUGUCCUGAUCCUUGCUCCUACUCGUGAGCUUGCCGUGCAGAUUCAGGCUGAGAUCAGCAAGUUCGGAAAGUCCUCUCGUAUCCGGAACACCUGCGUCUACGGAGGUGUUCCUAAGGGCCCCCAGAUCCGUGACCUCAGUCGCGGUGUCGAGGUCUGCAUUGCUACUCCUGGUCGUCUGAUCGAUAUGCUGGAGGCUGGACGCACUAACCUCCGUCGUGUUACUUACCUUGUCCUGGACGAGGCUGAUCGUAUGCUUGACAUGGGUUUCGAGCCUCAGAUUCGCAAGAUCAUCUCCCAGAUCCGUCCGGACAGACAGACUUGCAUGUGGUCUGCUACUUGGCCUAAGGAAGUUCGCCAGCUGGCUCGAGACUUCCUCAACGACUACAUCCAGGUCAACAUUGGUUCAAUGGACCUGUCUGCUAACCACAGAAUUACUCAAAUCGUCGAGGUCGUCUCAGAAUUUGAGAAGCGCGACAAGAUGAUUAAGCACCUGGAGAAGAUCAUGGAUGACCGCAGCAACAAGGUCCUGAUUUUCACUGGUACUAAGCGCGUAGCGGACGAUAUCACUCGUUUCCUCCGCCAGGAUGGAUGGCCAGCACUCUCUAUCCACGGUGACAAGCAGCAGAAUGAGCGUGACUGGGUCUUGAACGAAUUCAAGACCGGAAAGAGCCCCGUCAUGGUUGCCACUGAUGUGGCUUCCCGUGGUAUUGGCUUCUCGGGUCUUAUUCAAAUGGUUCUCAUGCCAGGAGAACCUUGGACUUACGGUGCAGUACAGCAUGUGUGCUUCUUGAUCCCUCGGCUUUACCUCAACAGACCGCGGGUAGAGCGGUGGACUCUCGUAUUUGAAUUACUUCAAGCUGCAUUCCAAGAUGUUCGCGACAUCACUCAUGUGUUUAACUAUGACUACCCUAACAAUUCGGAGGACUAUGUUCACCGUAUUGGUCGAACCGGCCGUGCGGGCAGAAAGGGUACCGCCAUUACCCUGUUCACCACUGACAACGCUAAGCAGGCUCGUGACUUGGUCACUAUUCUUACUGAAGCCAAGCAGCAGGUUGACCCCCGUCUUGCGGAGAUGGCUCGCUUUGGCGGCGGCGGCGGCGGUGGCCGCUGGGGUGGUCGUGGUCGCGGCGGUGGUUACCACGGCCAUGGCCGUGGCGGCGGCGGUGGCUUCACUGCUUCUAACUCGGCUCCCCUGGGUAACAACCGACGCUGGUAG